CCCUUUGAUGAGCAUCCUAUUUCGUGUCGGAUUGAAGAGGUCCUCCCUAGCGACCGUGUCUACAUGACAGCCGCCUAGCAUCGCACGUACAAGUCAAACCGAAAGGAAGAACAUGGCAAGAAACCGAAAAGAUCGAGACAGCUGGGGAUCCUUCACAGACAAAGCGACCUACGACUGGAGCUCAGAGGAGGAGGAGCCCGAUGGACGGGCGCGGCCCAUACAGGUGCUGGUAGUUAAGGACGAUCACACCUUUGAGCUGGACGAGGCGGCGCUGAGCCGCAUCCUAUUGGCCGACGAGGUCCAAAACAGGGAAGUGGUGGCCAUAUCGGUGGCCGGGGCGUUCCGCAAGGGCAAGUCCUUCCUGAUGGACUUCAUGCUGCGCUACAUGUACAGCCAGGCGUCUGAGAGCUGGCUGGGGGAAGAAGAUGAGCCGUUGACUGGUUUCUCCUGGAGGGGCGGUUCUGAGAGGGAAACCACGGGUAUUCAGAUCUGGAGCGAGGUGUUCCUAGUGGACAAGCCAGACGGCCGCAAGGUGGCUGUUCUGCUCAUGGAUACUCAGGGCACGUUUGACAGCCAGUCAACGUUGAGGGAUUCAGCCACCGUUUUCGCUCUAAGCACUAUGAUCAGCUCCAUGCAGGUGUACAACAUCUCACAGAAUGUCCAGGAGGAUGACCUUCAGCACCUGCAGCUCUUCACUGAGUAUGGCAGACUCGCCAUGGAGGAGACUUUUCUGAAACCAUUCCAGUCUAUGAUAUUCCUUGUGCGGGACUGGAGUUUUCCCUAUGAGUUUGGCUACGGACAGGAAGGAGGCAUGAAGUUCCUAGAAAAGAGACUCAAGAUCUCUGAAAAUCAACACGAGGAGCUGCAGAACGUCCGGAAGCACAUCCACUCCUGCUUCACCAACAUCUCCUGCUUCCUGCUGCCCCACCCUGGCCUCAAAGUGGCCACUAACCCAAACUUUGACGGCAGACUCAAAGAGAUCGACCGUGAGUUCAUCAAUAACCUCAAGAUUCUGGUCCCAUGGCUUCUGAGUCCCAAAAACCUAGAUGUCAAGGAAAUCAAUGGCAGCAACAUCACCUGCAGAGGCCUGCUGGAGUAUUUUAAGGCAUACAUCAAAAUAUAUCAGGGUGAAGAGCUGCCGCACCCCAAGUCCAUGCUUCAGGCCACGGCGGAGGCUAACAACCUGGCAGCAGUGGCCGCAGCUAAGGACCUGUACAGCAAGAAGAUGGAGCAGGUUUGUGGAGGCGAUCGGCCCUUCUUGGCCCCAGCAGAGCUCCAGGCCCGACACAGUGACAUCAGAGAGGAGGCCCUCCAGGUGUUCCGGGGGGUCAAGAAGAUGGGAGGGGAGGAGUUCAGUCGACGCUACCUGCUACAGCUGGAGGGAGAGGUUGACGAGGUGUUCGUCCAGUACAUCAAACACAACGACUCCAAGAAUAUAUUCCACGCCGCCCGCACCCCAGCCACGCUCUUCGUGGUCAUCUUCAUCAUGUACGUGGCGGCCGGCAUCACAGGCUUCGUGGGGGUGGACAUCAUCGCCAGCGUGUGUAACAUGAUCCUGGGCCUGGCCCUCAUCACCCUGUGCACCUGGGCCUACAUACGCUACUCCGGGGAGUACCGCGAGCUGGGUCAGGUCAUCGACCAGGUGGCGGGAGCACUCUGGGACCAGGGAAGCACCAAUGAGGCUCUUUACAAGUUGUAUAACGCAGCGGCCAAUCACAGACACCUGUACCACCACGCCUUCCCCGGACAGCCGGCCCACGGAGAGGGAAGAGAGGCCCCAGAGGAGGCCCACAGGAAGAGGAACUAGCGACCUUCAGAGCAGAGCAUCUGUCCAUGCAUCCGGAUCAGCAGAGGGGAACCGAACGGGUCAGCGAGUCGUUUGGACUGAGGGACAGUUACCCGACUUGACAUCAUUGUCUUACGUCAGAUGGCGUUGUCGGCCCGCGCGGCCGCCUGCAUGUUCGCGGCACUGCCGUGGCAUUUGAAUGAUGCCAUCUUUCGGGAAGACAAUGUUGCCGAUUUCACGAAUGGGGUCAAACUGUUGUGCCCUUCAGCGGAGCCUUAAACUGAGUAGACGCCUGGCUGACAGCAGAUUCGUGGUUUAUGUGCCCUCAUUGGCUACUUCACUCGGUACACCUACUGUAUCUAGGAUCGGGUAGGACCCUGUUUUGCCUAAAUCCGUUUCAAAGUUUGCCGCGAUGUGCGUUCAGAGAUGUAUUUCUUCACCACACUGUUGUAAAGACUGGUUUUUGUGGCCUUUUUGUCAGCUUGAACAAGUCUGCCUGAUCUCCUCUGACCUGUCAUUAACACAGGGUUUUCGCCAAAAGAACUGCCGCUCACUGGAUGUUUUUGUGUUUAUCGUACAGUUCUCUGUAAACACUAGAGACUUAAGUUUGCGAAAAUCCCAGGAAUCACAUCUGGCACCAACAAACAAACCACGGUCAAAGUCGCUUAAAACGCACAUUUUCCCCAUUUACAUGUUUGGUCAAACAGCCAAACCGCUUGACCAUGUCUGCAUGCUUUAUACGUUGAGCUGAAGCCACAUGAUUCACUGUUCUGCAAUUUGUGUUAAUCAGCUGGUGUACGAGUGUAUCAGUGGCUGGUGAGUGUAUACUGAUUGUCAUGUUGUGUCAAGUUAGAUGCUGCCCAAGGAAAUGCAUUUAUUUGAAAGCCGAUGAUUGCAUCUCACGUGUCCUCUGUAUUGCACUAUAUAGUGAAAGGGGUAUUGGAAAAUGGUGCACUAUAUAGUGAAUAGGGUGCCAUUUGUGUCAGACAUUUCUGUUUAAAUAUUAUAUAUAUUUUUGUCAGCAUGGUAAAUUGUCUACCAAUUUAGGCUCUUAAGUUUGGGUCAGGUUUGGUGUAUUUCUGAACAAUGUUGGGGCAUGUGCUUGUCCUUGUACUUCAGUGUUUAAGUUUUGUUUGUUUUGGAGUAUUCAGAUACUGUAUUCCAAUAUCGUGCGACCACAUUUUUGUUGUCAUAUAGCUGCAUAAAGACCCGUUGAUAUCCUGGGCAGAACACAAAAAAUACACAGUGCUCAAUUCAGUAAAGCCCGGCUUUGUAGUAUUUACGCAGUAGCGGUUUUUCCACCCGACAGAUGUACUUACACACACACACUGGUCCUGGGGACCAAACGACCCUCUCACAGGAAUGCUUCCCCUUUACAGAAUUAGAAUUGUAUGUCUGAGUACCGGGUGAAUAUUGUAAAACAGACAGUGUAAACAUGCGGCAGGGUGGGUCUUAAUGAAUCCCAGCCUAAAUAAAACCAUAAGCUACUUUGGGAAUGUCCAUGCUACAGCCAAGUUAAGUCCUCUAACUAGCUCUAUGGACAGGAUGUCCAUGUUACAACAAUGUGAAGUCCUCUUGCUAUCUUUACAGAAAGGAUGCCCAUGCCAGAACACAGUGCGGUCCUCUAACCUCAUCUGGAAGGAAGAGCUUUUAACUAUUGUCCCAAACCUGGGUAGAGAUAUGCAGAGAAUGUUGUGCGUCAAAACCACUUCCACGUUUACAAUAUAGUGGACUAUAUUUAUCCCACACGCCUCAUGUUAGUCAGCAUUACACGGUUUGGUCAGGACACUUUAAAAGAGAAACGUGGAUUGAUUUUUUUUAAAUGGACAUUGCGCGAGGGAGGGGCAGCAGAAUAUACAUGGUAACACACUUAACCCCAUACGGUGACUGUAUAAAAAAAACUACAUAGACCGGGUCUUUGGAAUUAAUGUGGCCGGCGCAGAAACAAUAUUUUCAUUUCUACUGAUAGAAAAGUGGGAAGGUGAGGCUCGUGAGACAGGGCUCUUAGCACUAAGGGACAGUUGUGGUUUGGAGUCUGGAGCAUAGGAAAAAUAGUUCAAAGAAAGACACUGUGUAAACAUUGCUACAGUGGAUUUAAAUGAAUCCCAACUGAAGCCACACAACUUUGAUAAACCUCCACAAAUAACAGCUCAGUUUCUGAUUAAUUCAAGCUUCCAUAGAAAUAAAUGUUUUAAGUCCUCACUGGAUGUCUAAUAAAUUACUUGUGUGUAA